ACCUCUGCUACUCUAGAGCAAGAACUACCAAGAUGCCCAUCCUGGAAAAGGUCCCAUAUAGGAUGCCUGUAAAAACUCCCAGCAGUGAGGAGGAACUUGGCUUGCCCAAAUUGCCAGUGCCCCCACUACAGCAAACACUGGCCACCUACCUACAGUGCAUGAGGCACCUGGUGCCCGAGGAGCAGUUCAGGAAGAGCCAGGCCAUCGUGAGGCGAUUUGGGGCCCCUGGAGGCCUUGGUGAGGCCCUACAACAGAAACUCCUGGAGCGGCAGGAAAAGACAGCCAACUGGGUGUCUGAGUACUGGUUGAAUGACAUGUAUCUCAAUAACCGCCUGGCCCUGCCCGUCAACUCCAGCCCUGCUGUGAUCUUUGCUAGGCAGCACUUUCAAGACACUAAUGACCAGCUCAGGUUUGCAGCCAGCCUCAUUUCUGGUGUGCUCAGCUACAAAGCCCUGCUAGACAGCCACUCCAUCCCCACUGACUGGGCCAGAGGCCAGCUCUCAGGGCAUCCCCUCUGUAUGAAGCAGUACUACAGGCUCUUCUCCUCCUACCGGCUCCCUGGCCACACCCAGGAUACACUGGUGGCCCAGAAGAGCAGCAUUAUGCCCGAGCCUGAGCAUGUCAUUGUAGCCUGCUGCAACCAGUUCUUUGUCUUGGAUGUUGUCGUUAAUUUCCGUCAUCUCAGUGAGGGUGAUCUGUUCACUCAGUUGAGAAAGAUAAUCAAAAUGGCGUCCAACGAGGAUGAACGCUUGCCUCCAAUCGGCCUGCUGACAUCAGACGGGAGGAGUGAGUGGGCCAAGGCCAGGACGGUCCUCCUAAAAGACUCCACCAACCGGGACUCACUGGAUAUGAUCGAGCGCUGCAUCUGCCUGGUGUGCCUGGAUGCCCCAGGUGCUGGAGAACUCAGUGACAGCCACAGGGCACUCCAGCUCCUUCAUGGUGGAGGCUGCAGCAAGAACGGGGCAAAUCGCUGGUAUGACAAGUCCCUGCAGUUUGUGGUGGGCCGAGAUGGCACCUGUGGCGUGGUGUGCGAGCACUCUCCAUUUGAUGGCAUCGUCCUGGUGCAGUGCACAGAGCACCUGCUGAAGCACAUGAUGAAGACCAACAAGAAACUAGUCCGAGCUGACUCGGUCAGCGAACUCCCUACACCCAGGAGGCUGAGGUGGAAAUGUUCCCCGGAAAUCCAAGGCCACUUAGCUUCAUCAGCAGAAAAACUUCAACGAAUAGUAAAAAAUCUGGAUUUCAUUGUUUAUAAGUUUGAUAAUUACGGGAAAACACUGAUUAAGAAGCAGAAAUUCAGCCCAGAUGCCUUCAUCCAGGUGGCCCUCCAACUGGCCUUCUACAGGCUUUAUAAGAGACUGGUGCCCACCUAUGAGAGCGCAUCCAUUCGCCGGUUUCAGGAGGGUCGGGUGGACAACAUCAGAUCAGCUACUCCAGAGGCUUUGGCUUUUGUGCAAGCCAUGACUGACCAUGAGGUUGCCCUGCUGGAAUUUGAGAAGCUGCAACUACUGCAGGCUGCCAUCCAAGCCCAGACCGAGUACACAGUCAUGGCCAUAACAGGGAUGGCCAUUGACAACCAUCUGCUGGCACUGCGUGAGCUGGCCCGGGAUCUGUGCAAAGAGACACCUGAGAUGUUCAUGGAUGAAACAUACUUGAUGAGCAACCGAUUUGUCCUCUCUACAAGUCAGGUGCCCACAACCAUGGAGAUGUUUUGCUGCUAUGGCCCUGUGGUCCCCAAUGGCUAUGGAGCCUGCUACAACCCCCAGUCCGAGGCCAUCCUCUUCUGCAUCUCCAGUUUUCACAACUGCAAGGAGACCUCAUCUGCCAAGUUUGCAGAAGCUGUGGGAGCAAGCCUUAUUGACAUGAAAGACCUCUGCAGCUCCUGGCAGCCUGCUGAGAGCAAGCCACUGUCAACAAAGGAAAAAGCUAGAGGCUCAGCCAGAGCUAAAGAUCUUGACUCCCAUUGCUAGGUAUUAGUUAAAGAGCCCAACCUUCUUCAGGGGCCAGACCUGCCAAGCCAACCCUUGCUUCAAUCUCAUCUCCCCACCUGCCACCCCAGCUUUCUGUUGCUCCCCUGUCUUUAGGGCCCAAUCCACAGGCUGGAUGCAGAAGUAUCACACAAGGCUGGUGUGUUAGGAGAAAGGAUCCUUCGUUAUGUAUUAAGGUACCCUCUGGCCUUUGCAACUGGAAAUGAGAUCAGCCUAGUUUGGAAGCAGCCUGGGUGACCUAGGACCCCUCUUUGGAGUCUUCAGAAACUUAAUAUUCCUUCCCAGCAGUACCCAGAAGGUGCAAGUGAUGAUUCCACCUAGUGAAAGAAUGAGUCACCCCAUUACAUGUUAUGUGUCCAAAUAAGUUGUGAAGGCACAGGCUAGCUCUGGGUCAUUACCUCUUGUCUUUUGGGGAGGAGUAGAUACUUUAUUUUCAGACUCAGAACAUCUGAUCCUGGUAUUUCGAAUGCCUCCACUGAGCCAUGCAGUCCUGGAAAUACCCAACAUUCUCUCUCUCUCUCUCUCUCUCUCUCUCUCUCUCUCUCUCUCUCUCUCCCCACACACACACAUACACCCCAAGUUCAUUUAAAAUACAGUGACCUGCACCCUCAAAGACAUUUCUCUUUUCACUCCUGCAGCAGCCUUCCUUGAGUUCAGAUAAUCACAUCCAGCUAUUCAGUUUUCUUCAUUUGAAAAUGGAAGGAACUGGACAAGGCUGUGAGGAUUAAGAUAAAGGUUAGGGUGUGGAUAAAAAGACCUUUGCAUGACCUUGGGGAUGGCACCGUCCAGCAGGCAUUGUUUGAGUGAUUUUCUUUCAAACCAUUUACAGUAAUACGAGACCCAAGCUUAUACCUGCCAUUCUCUGAUUAUCAGAAAAGGAAUUCCCUGUAUUUAUUUAGCUAUCAAACCACACACUGUGAGGGCUUCAAGACCCAUGAGUGGCAGACCCUUGACUGGAGGGAGCACCUACUCCCUUAGGGAGGGACUGGAAGCAGGUCUUCCCCCUCUAAGGACAGAUGGAUGUACUCUGUCUUUAUGCAAAGGCAACACUGAGCCAUGGCCAUGGGCUUCUAUGUGGGGACCCUGGGAAAAGACUGUUCCAUAUGUCCCUAAAGAGAUGGAAAAUGAGAUAGUCGUUUGGAACAGUGAUGCAUAGUAAG